AUGGGGCCGGGCUGGCGACCCGGGUCCCGCGCGCUCCUGCUUCUCCUGCUGGCAUGGCUGACGGUGCCUGGCGAUGGCAACGAGGGCAGCGCCACUGGAAGUUGUCGCUGUGAUAAAAUAUUUCCUUCGAACGCCCCUCCAUCCAGUCAGGAGAUGGAUCGUCUCCGAAGACGCCUGAAAGCCUACCAUCGGUGUUCACGCUUCGUCAGGUUCCAGCUACAUUCCUGGACUGUAUGUGGGGGUAGCAGCGACAAGUGGGUGCAAGAAUUGAUGAGCUGCUUUGAUCAUAGAGAAUGUGGAUAUACUCACUCAGGAAGUCUGGCCCACGAGAAGCAUUUACGUCCCCACAGCACCAGGAUUUCCAAGCCCUCAGAGAAGGCACCUUCAGCCAUGGGCACUCCUGCCCAGACACUCCUGCCAGCCACCCUGCAGUCUACCCAGCAUUCCACCCUUCCACCAGGAUCACCAUCUUUGGACAAAGGGCUCACCCUUCCCAAUGAAUUCACCACUUCUACUGUGGGCCACAGUCUGAAAGUUGGGCCUGAGGCUGGGACUAAUCAGAUGCAGCUGGAAGAAAAAGCUGGUCCCACAAUCGGUGCUGUGCUGUUGCUCAUCCUCAUCAUCUUCACAGCAGUCCUCAUGUAUGUGUGCAAGAAGAGGAGGCGCCAGUCACUGCAGUCCUCUCUAGGUAAACUGGAUCUCUGAACCCCUUCCCCAGGGUUUGGGGCCUUCCUGGCAGGGAUUCUGCCCCCAGUAGCUCUCAAGUGGUUGGAAACUUGACUCAGGAAUACAGAUUUUAAGGCUAUCCACACCAUGGACCACAGGCCAUGAGGGCAGAUUCAGCCAGAGACUGUACAGAGUGGAAAGGGAGGGAAGCCACCAAGGGCCCAAGA